AUGCUCCCCAUACGAUAUUUAUCACGGCGUGCUCACGCCAAUCUGCGACCACGAUGCCUGAGAUGCAUGUCCACCGCCACUGACCCCUCCGCACAACAUCAUGCCACCAACCGCAACAACUUCGUUAAAGUGGUGGAAGUAGGACCGAGGGAUGGGCUACAGAAUGAGAAGAAAACCAUACCAUUGACGACUAAGAUUGAGCUUAUAGAAAAGCUAGCGAGGACUGGAUUGGCUGAUAUCGAGGCUGGGAGUUUCGUGGCGCCGAAAUGGGUUCCGCAGAUGGCAGAUUCAAAUGAAAUACUAGAGUACCUCUUGAAAACACCACCCACAUCAUCGAAUCCAAUAUCGUAUUCAUUCCUCGCGCCCAAUUCUCGCGGUCUCUCAAACGCCCUCUCCAUCCUCCGCAACCACCCCUCCUCCUACCAGUCUCUCACACCACCAACCUCUCCCUACAACGAAUCCGCCCCAACUCCAUUCCAACCCGAAUCACAAACCUCAGAAACACCCGGUUCCCCACCCCCUUUCAUCGAACUCUCCGUCUUCGCAGCCGCAACCGAAUCAUUCACGCAAAAGAACCUGAACACCGACAUCGCCACUUCGCUCGAACGCUUCAAAGAAGUAAUCACCGGCGCUAAAGCUGCAGGCCUACGGGUACGAGCAUACAUCUCUGUCGUCCUCGGCUGUCCCUUCGAAGGUUACGACGUGAAUCCCCAGCGCGUCGCGGAGAUUGCCUGUGAUUUAAUGGAGAUGGGCGCCGAUGAGAUCGAUCUCGGCGACACAACGGGCAUGGGGACCGCGCCUAGGACGUCCGAAUUACUAAGGGCGAUGACGGCAGCGGGGAUCAGGAAUGAGGAUCUGACGAUGCAUUUCCAUGAUACGUAUGGGCAGGCGCUGGUCAAUACCGCUGUGAGUUUGGAGCAUGGCGUGAGGAGGUUCGAUAGUAGUGUGGGUGGGCUUGGAGGGUGUCCGUAUAGUCCUGGGGCGACGGGGAAUGUGAGUACGGAGGACUUGGUGUAUUUCCUGGAGAGUUUGGGGAUGGAGACGGGUGCGGAUCUGGAUAAACUGUGUGAGGUCGGGGAGUGGAUUACGGGCGAGAUUGGCAAGGCAAAUAGUAGUAGCGUUGGGAAGGCUAUUUUGGGAAAGAGGAAAACCGUCUGA